CGGUUGCACCCGAAAUUCGAACAGAUCUCAGCUCUUUCUUGACCAGAGCCUGAGGCUUCCUUGCGACUCUGUCUUGAGAAGAAACGCUUCUUCGCUUCAAUCCUUCAUUGAAUCAUUGCUCCCGGAGAGGUUUGCUACUGGCAGUUGGGGCUAGCUUUUGUAAGACACCAGAACAUUGUCGUGGACUCGGAGGGCUCCGCCCCCAAAAGUUGGCGCAAAUUCUCAAAGUGGUUGCAGUGGGCAAUCGGUGACUCUUAUUGUGAGUCUAGGACGCAUAUCUUUCCCCUGGAUCUGCGUUGUACGGCUGCAGAUGGCUGGCGCUUUGAAGGUCCUCCGACAUGUGUACGAUCGUAUCCGCGGCCAAGGCAUCAAAGAGACUUUUGUUAAGGCCAAGGAUCAGGGGUUUAUCAACAGCCUGCUGGAUGGCAAUCUGUUUGAAACCAAAGUUCUGAAGGGCGAGGGCAAGUUGGUGGGCGAGGACAAGCUAGGGAACAAGUACUAUGAGCGGUUGACCGACACCCAGUUUGGACGGCACCGCUGGGUGGAGUACAAGGACAACACCUCGUACAAUGCAUCGACGGUGCCCCCUGAAUGGCAUGGCUGGUUGCACUACAUCACAGACUACACGCCAUCAGAGAUCCAAGCCUUCACACCCUUCUAUUCCAAGGAGCACAAAGCCAACCAGACCGGAAAGGGCGCAGAGCACAUCUACCACCCUAAGGGCCACUUCCAAGCCAAGGACGACAAGCGGACACGAUGGCAGCGCGUUGAGCCCUGGAAGCCAACAUAGCCGAUGUAGUGCUUCCGCUUACCGUGACGUCACACAUUGCCUUGCACAAUAAGGUUGACGCACCACCCUGUAAAGCCUGCUUCGGUGCAAAGCCUUCAACAUAGAGGUCCAACCCGAAGAUCCUGCGAAAUGAACAUCGAUUAUCGAAAUCGCCUCUGUAAGAACCAUCACUUCGAUUAUGUUUAAGACGAGCCUCACUUGCAAUUUCCUGCCAGAAGAAGCCUCCUGCACAGCUUCUUGAACAGCUAAGAGAACGGGAUUGCCAGGCUUGUCGGAUGUUCUUUACGUGGAUCCAAGCAAGCUGUCAAUUUGUCAGAUCAUCUUGAAUUCUCACUUCUUUUAGCUUGUUGAACUUACAUUGAAGCACGCAGGAUUGGUCCGUUGGCAGCUUUACUACGCCUUUAAUAUGCUCCAUCUGCAGUGACACGUCUUGUGAGUUGUGAAUUAGAGCUAGUCAUGACCCUCGGAUUGACAAUCGUGUGUUCUGGUUUAAGACCAUCUAUUGACGAGCAACUUGGC